GUAGUAGGUAUUGUAAGGCUGUCUGGGUAGACCCCAAGAGGCAUGAUUAGUUGUAUGUUUUACACUUUCCACUUACCCCUCGUACCUUGCCCGGCACUCUGAUUACGCCAUCGUGCUUUCCCAAUCUUGAGAACCGUGAUGGCCUCCGCCAUGACUUUUCGACAUUGACAGACACACACACUCUGAAACUCCUACCAAGGGCUCGCAAACAUGGCUAAUAACUGUGCAGACUGCGAUCGCGAUUCGGCUUUUGGAGACGAAGACGACUUCUGGACUACGGAUCCAAUGUUUUCCUUGGGUGCGCCGGUGGCAGGGACCAAGCGUGCUGCAGACGAUCUGAAAGAUGAUGCCGCACGAACCCGAGGCCAAUCAACCCCGUCCCAGCUUGAACACGGUACUCAAUCUGUUGAUCCAAGCUUGUGUUGCAAUCAUUGCCCAGAGACGUGCGACGUGCGUCCACCUAAGCGGAGGGCUUCCGCCCUGAAAGUGACCGAGUAUCACGAACUCACCACCGACUCACAACCCAGUCUCGAUGCCGACUGUCCUUUUCCAGACGACUGCUUCGAGAAGUUCUGUCAAGAGUGCCAUCUAGAGCCUUCUUGCCCUCCAGUGCCUUGCCCUGCCGACGAUUGCCCCGAAGACGACGCUUGCUUCGACCCCCGGUGUAACGAGAAAAACGACCAUUGCACAGACGACUGUAUAGACCCUCAGUGUACAAAGGCCGCUUGUCCGGACCAGUCUUGCUACUGUCAGAAGUGCAACGAUCAACCUUUCACUCUGCCUGACUCGCAUCACGAGUGUCACUUCGCCCAUUCCGCUCCUACGCCCGUCGGUACUGUGUACUGUUACGACACCGCACCUUGUCACUUUCAAGAAGGCUUCCAUGGAAAUGAUGACGGCCUGGGCUCGUUCGAGACAUAUCCCUGCUUUUCCCAGACUCACGGGUACAACACCAUCGCCGACGACCUGACAACAAUAGCGUCGAGCGCGCCAACACCAGCGCUGUCGCACAGCAACUAUACUUCGCUGGAAAGCGCCUUUACUACCGAGCCUUCGCCGGGCCCUGGCCAAACAGUCUUCCCACCACACUGUUACCUCAACGUUGCUGGCGACCACUGUCACAUUGACAACUCGUGCUGCCAUGGACCUCAAAGAGCGUGCGGUGACGCACCAUCUGCAUCACAACAACAAAUGGACCUUUGGAACUCGUCGAUAGCACAAGGGAAUGGUCUAGCGUCCAACUUUUUGAACUUUGGGUUCAAUCCCAGCUUACCGACAAGUCCCGUGUCAGCGGACCGCAACUCAUUACACUCCUCAAAUCCUUUCAGCCUAGACGCCCCAAUGAUGGGAUUUAACGACCAGACAUUCCACGAUCAGUCGUGGAUGCUGACGGGUUCGGCGUUCCCUAACGAGUUGCAGCCAGAGGGCUCAUUCGGUGCUGCCAACAAACUCGACUUCCUCGCCUCUGCGGUCCAAAGCGAGAUGUUACGGCCCAGCGGGACAACGUUUGCUGGUUCAAGUUCGGCAUCUGCUGCUGGAGCGACCGACGCUCAGUCCUGUGUAUGCAAAUGGCAACAUGCGCCCGGUGUCCUCUGCCUUGCUGUCUUUGACAGCCCCGAAGCCCUCCACAAACACAUUAAGACCGGACACGUUGACAACUGCACACACUGCUUCUGCCAAUGGGAAGGCUGUGAAGCACACUCUAAAGAUUUCAAGCAACGCUCUAAGUUGUCUCGUCAUCUUCUCGGCCACGCAGGCUACCGCCCAUACGCUUGUAGCUAUGAGGGCUGUGACAAGACGUUUGCUACCAACCAAGCCAAAGACAACCACGAGAGGACACACACAGGCGAGAGGCCGUAUGUAUGUGACCGCUGUGGCUACACGACAACCACACAUACACAAUUGCAGACCCACAUUAGUGCGCUGCAUGAGGGCAAGAAGCCGCACAAAUGCCGAUUCUGCGAGUUUACAUGUGCCGACUCAAGUAACUUGAGCAAGCACGAGAGGACACAUCAGACUCUCCGACCGUACAGGUGUCCGCACCCCAACUGCACCUUCAAGCCCGACUGUCGCUGGGAGAACCUAAAGCGACACCUGCGCCGUUCAGGCCACUGCCCACAACUGCUAGUGGAAACGAGCGAAGAGUACAAGUCGUACCGCGAAGGCGUUCGACGCGAGAUAGACGAUUGGCAUAAGCGAAAUGAGGAUGGAGGCCUUGGCAAGGCCGGUAGGAGGAAGGGCAGAGCGUAGAUGAUACCAUUUGAUGGAGAGAUAACAAUAGAGGUGGACUGUGGCGGUGGUUGUGCAUUUUGACGACCUUGCUUUUGCAAUGCGAUGAUGCGAUGAAUUUACGGACUAGCCAUGAAUACUCCCUUCGGGGUACUAUGAAGGAAAUCUGGGUUAUGCCCUCUUGGGUAUAGGGACGGGAUUAGAGUUAGGACGAUAUGAUACCUGAAAUAUGAACGAUCA